AUGAGCUCCUCGGUAUCCGACGCCGACAUUGAGCGCUUUCUGGCGGACAAUCGAGACAGUUCCGUGGCGUUCAUCACGGUACUUACCGGAAAAUGAGGACAGAAAAAAUAAAAAUGAUGACAGAGUGGCGGAACGCAAGUUCCAUUGGAAAAGAACACUGUCCGGUUCAUCGACAAUUUCUCGGCGGGCACACGUGGAUCCGCCAGUGCCGAGUGCGUUUCUGUUCAAAAACGACUGAAAACUCAAACAUUUUCAGAUAUUUCCUGCGCGCCAGCUACUCGGUCAUUUUUAUGCACCGCGAAGAGUCCCUGAAGCCCUAUUCCAGACAUUUUCCGAAUUUAUUCAAUUCGCUGACACUGCAAGACGGAAAAGUGACGUGUCAGGCACCGAAAUUAGCGGAAAUUCUGAGCGAAAAGCUGAAAUUCGAAAAGAAAAUAUUGUACAUCUCGUUCAAAACGUUCGAUCAGUACAUGGCGAAACUGGAGCAGGUGGGCGGGAAGUGAAGGGUCUCGACACGAAGGAAAUGUUCAGAUUUGCAAACAUUUGAACCCUCUUGGCUCGAAGGCGCUCAUUUAUUUGGCGGCCGCCGUCUCGGAUUUCGUCGUCACUCAAUUGGUAAUCUUCUUUUUUUUUUAAUUGUUUUGACAGAGAACCGGUCGAAAGUGGUUAGUUUCGCGGUGCGCGCGGUAGAUCAGACGGGUCUCGAAGCGAUUGGAUAAAACAAAGCGAAUAAAUGCGAUGCGCCUUUAAAGUGAGUGCGCGUGAGUCGUUUGCCUUUGGGAAGGCAGUGGGCCGAGGAGAAAAAAAGAGGACGGUCCCGGGGAGAGAUUGACCAACGAAUGGGUUGGAGACAGCCGGCGGUGCGGUUUUCGUGACCGGGUCAGCGACCGUUCAAGAGUUUCACACCUGUCACAGAGAUCAGAGGGGUUUACGAGGGAGUGAGAUUGACACAUCCGCACGUCGACGGACCAUCGGAACACGUGUGUGUAGUCUGGUGUCGCGUUGCGCUCCUUCUCUCGACGGUCCGUCCAUUCGAGCGGGCAGAACCAUUCUCGUCUUCCGGUUUUUCUUCGCUGUCUUCCCACAGGCCAAUCUCGUAAACAACGCAACGCAACGGCGGAGUGUCGUGGAGAUCACACUCGUUCCGCCAAUUCUCGGCCAGCACCACCGUUUCCUCUAUCUCCUUGGUCAGUUUUGACGUUGCAGUUGUUAACAUACUCUUCUGCACGGCCUCUUGAGCUUACAAUAGGCACAAAGCGACAUUUUGGAGCGAAAUUUAAAGUUUAAAUGCAAAUUUUGUGUUUUUUUUUGCGACGCUAAAAACCAACAAUUUGAAGCGAUCGUUUGCUAUAAGGGAAAUUUUGUUUUUAAUAAAAAAUGCUCUAGUAAAAACGUUCCAGCCAACGCACAAAAUAGCGUCAAACGUGCAACUGAACCUGGGACUGAGUGUGGCUCCGAAAGUGAUCGAAAGGGUCGUCAACCACUAUGUUCCCAACGCCUACAUCGUUUCCUUCAAGGUAAUUCCCUCACUUUCAUCUAUUUUUCGAGCAAAAGAACAUAUUUCAGCUGGAAACGGACGAAGAGAAGCUGCUUCCGAAGGCGAAGGCGGCGUUGGCAAAGUACGGACAUCAGUUGGUGAUUGCGAAUAUGUUGUCGACGCGGAAGCACCGAGUGACUCUUGUGCAGAAAGACAAAUCCGACGGCGAGGAAAUCGUGCUGUACCCGGAGAGCGACGCCGAAAUCGAAGAGAUUAUUAUUGGUCGAGUCAAAGAGCUUCACAAUUCAUUUCGUUGUAAAUAG